GGAGGCUGAGCUGGCGCGAGCGCACCCUCCCGGAGCCGGCAGCGCCUCCCCGCGGCCCGGGACUCCCGUGCCUUGGCCGGGACCAAGGCCGGCGGCCACUCCAUAGCAGCCGGAGCGGGUGGGAGCGCCUUGCUUCUGGCCGCGGCCGCCGCCCGCCCGCCGGCUCCGGUGGUUGGGCGGAGGAAGCGCGGAACUCCUCCUCCCCGCCGUAUUAACAUGCACCCAGGGGCGGGUGACCAGCCCAGCCUCGCCGCCCCUGCCCGCCGCGUCCGGGCGCUCAGCCUCCGCGCCAGAGGCGAGCGCUGCGCUCCGGGCACCGCAAACCCGAGGACGCGGCCUCGCAGCCACCUUCGGCCAGCGGGGAGCAGCAGGGUCCGCGGCGCGAGCGGCUGCAGCCACCUUGGCGCCUACUUGGGCGCCUUCCCUUCACCUCGCUGAGAGGCGUCCCGGACUGCCGGGCUACUGCUCUGGUCCUUCCGAGGCUCGUGGGACUGACUGACAGACGGACAGACACAGCCAGCGAGGAACCGACUGCGGGCAGCGAAAACUGUGGGUGAUAUUAUUGGGCCACUUCUACUGACUGCUAUUCAAACCUUCUCCUGAGACACUUUCUUCAAAAGACCAGCACACAUCCUGCUUGCCCAGAUAUAAUGUCAGACUAAUGGAGGUCUUCUUGAAGUGACUACAUAGUUUCACCAGGACUGAAUGAUUCCAUUCAGAAAACCAGGGUACAGGGUCUCUACUGAACACAAGCACCUUUUGAAGGAUUUGAUGUUCAAAGGACUCACCACAUAAAUCUAACUGUACAAGAUGAAUCUGUGCUGACAGGGUGCAAUCCACGGAAAGUUACACUUGCAUUGUAUGAAAAGCCGUUGAGCAUCACAUACCAAGAGUGACAUCUGGUUAAUGCUAUCAAGGACAGCAACGAUCUGAAGUCGGGGUCUCCUCCUGCACUGGAAACGUGGAAAAGUAAAAACUGGGAGAGCAAGCAUCAAAGGUUAUAUCUGCUCUGGGAUUUGCUGAAUGCCACCUGAAGGCCCCUGUGUCUGCUUCACAGAGUUCCUGUUGGAUGACAAAGACCCUAAGAGCAGUCUUUGCCCAAGACGGGUCUGGAACUUAACGGGGUUCCCAUGACCCCUGCAAUUGCUUCCAGUCAGCAAUGAAAGGGUUAUCGGGUAGCCGCAGCCACCACCAUGGGAUCACCUGUGAGUCGGCCUGUGACUCCUUGUCACACCACUCAGACCACAAGCCGUACCUGCUGAGCCCCGUAGACCACCACCCUGCGGACCAUCCCUACUACACCCAGCGGAAUUCUUUCCAGGCCGAGUGCGUGGGGCCCUUCAGCGACCCGCUAGCCAGCAGCACCUUCCCGCGCAGGCACUACACCUCGCAGCAGGAGCUGAAGGACGAGAGUGCCCUGGUGCCACGCACCCUGGCCACCAAGGCGAAUCGCCUCCCCACCAACCUGCUGGAUCAGUUUGAGAGGCAGCUGCCCCUCAGCCGGGAUGGCUAUCACACGCUACAGUACAAGCGCACAGCUGUGGAGCAUCGCAGCGAUAGCCCCGGCCGCAUCCGGCACCUGGUCCACUCGGUCCAGAAGCUCUUCACCAAGUCUCAUUCCCUGGAGGGGCCAUCCAAAGGCAGCGUCAACGGGGGCAAGGCUAGCCCUGACGAGUCUCAAACUGUGAGAUAUGGCAAGCGCAGCAAGAGCAAGGAGAGGCGCUCAGAGUCCAAGGCUAGAUCCAAUGCCUCUAAUGCCUCCCCCACCUCUCCCAGUUGGUGGAGUUCAGAUGACAACCUGGAUGGCGACAUGUGUCUCUACCACACACCAUCGGGUGUGAUGACCAUGGGCAGGUGCCCUGACCGCUCUGCUUCGCAGUACUUCAUGGAAGCCUACAACACCAUCAGCGAGCAGGCAGUGAAGGCCUCCCGGAGUAACAAUGACAUCAAGUGCUCCACCUGUGCUAACCUGCCAGUCACGCUGGAUGCCCCACUUCUGAAGAAGAGUGCCUGGUCCUCCACUCUCACCGUGAGCAGAGCCCGAGAGGUUUAUCAGAAAGCCUCAGUGAACAUGGAUCAAGCCAUGGUGAAGUCCGAGGCUUGUCAACAAGAGCGAUCCUGCCAGUACUUACAGGUUCCCCAGGAUGAAUGGACAGGGUACACGCCUCGCGGGAAAGACGACGAGAUCCCGUGCCGGAGGAUGCGCAGUGGUAGCUACAUCAAAGCCAUGGGGGAUGAGGACAGCGGGGACUCAGACACGAGCCCCAAGCCAUCUCCCAAGGUGGCUGCAAGAAGAGAGAGCUAUCUCAAGGCCACACAGCCGUCCCUUACAGAGCUCACCACCCUCAAGAUCUCCAACGAACACUCCCCCAAACUCCAGAUCCGGAGUCACAGCUACCUGAGGGCAGUAAGUGAAGUCUCCAUCAACAGAAGCCUGGACAGCCUGGACCCUGCAGGCUUGCUCACGUCACCAAAGUUCCGCUCCAGAAACGAGAGCUACAUGCGAGCCAUGAGCACCAUAAGCCAGGUGAGCGAGAUGGAGGUGAACGGACAGUUCGAAUCCGUGUGCGAGUCUGUGUUCAGCGAGCUGGAGUCGCAGGCAGUGGAAGCUCUUGACCUGCCCAUGCCCGGCUGCUUCCGCAUGCGGAGCCACAGCUACGUGCGGGCCAUCGAAAAGGGCUGCUCCCAGGACGACGAGUGCGUGUCGCUGAGGUCGUCCUCCCCUCCACGCACUACCACCACAGUGAGGACCAUCCAGAGCAGCACCGGUGUCAUAAAACUGAGUUCUGCCGUUGAAGUGUCAUCUUGCAUUACAACAUAUAAGAAGACACCACCUCCAGUCCCACCCAGAACUACCACGAAACCUUUCAUUUCUAUCACAGCCCAGAGUAGCACAGAGUCUGCACAGGAUGCCUACAUGGACGGGCAAGGCCAGCGAGGAGACAUGAUCAGCCAGUCUGGCCUCAGCAACUCCACCGAAAGUCUGGACAGUAUGAAGGCUCUCACGGCUGCCAUCGAGGCUGCAAAUGCCCAGAUCCAUGGCCCAGCAAGUCAACACAUGGGCAGCAAUGCUGCGGCUGUCACUACCACCACCACCAUAGCUACUGUCACCACCGAGGAUAGGAAGAAAGACUUUAAGAAAAACCGAUGCCUAUCUAUUGGGAUACAGGUGGACGAUGCCGAAGAGCCGGAGAAAACUGCAGAGAGUAAGGCGUCCAGUAAGUUCCAGUCCGUGGGAAUACAAGUAGAAGAGGAGAAGUGCUUCCGUAGGUUCACUCGGUCCAACAGUGUGACAACUGCAGUACAGGCUGACCUGGACUUCCAUGAUAAUCUAGAAAAUUCUCUGGAGUCUAUAGAGGACAAUUCGUGUCCUGGUCCCAUGGCCAGACAGUUCUCGCGGGAUGCCAGCACCUCUACCGUCAGUAUCCAGGGUUCAGGAAACCACUAUCAUGCCUGUGCAGCCGACGAUGACUUUGACACAGAUUUUGACCCCUCUAUCCUGCCUCCUCCGGACCCCUGGAUUGACUCUAUCACAGAAGACCCUCUGGAGGCCGUUCAAAGGUCCGUGUGCCACCGGGACGGCCAUUGGUUCCUGAAGCUUCUCCAGGCAGAGCGAGACCGCAUGGAAGGGUGGUGCAAGCAAAUGGAAAGAGAAGAGAGGGAGAACAACCUCCCAGAGGACAUUCUAGGGAAAAUCCGAACCGCAGUGGGCAGUGCCCAACUUCUCAUGGCGCAGAAAUUCUACCAGUUCAGAGAACUGUGUGAAGAGAACCUGAACCCCAGUGCUCACCCGAGACCCACUUCCCAGGAUUUGGCGGGGUUCUGGGACAUGCUGCAGUUGUCCAUAGAAAAUAUUAGUAUGAAAUUUGAUGAACUUCAUCAGUUAAAGGCCAAUAAUUGGAAACAGAUGGAUCCUCUUGACAAGAAGGAGCGAAGGGCCCCUCCUCCAGUGCCAAAGAAGCCGGCGAAGGGCCCCGCGCCGCUGAUCCGGGAGCGCUCGCUGGAGAGCUCGCAGCGCCAGGAGGCCCGCAAGCGCCUGAUGGCCGCCAAGCGCGCCACAUCGGUUCGCCAGAACUCGGCCACCGAGAGCGCCGAGAGCAUCGAGAUCUACAUCCCCGAGGCGCAGACCCGGCUCUGAGCGCCGCCGCCGAGGACCAUCCCGCAUCCCUGCCCUCGGCCGCCUCCCCGCCCCCUCCGUCUCUGAGCUCAGUGACCGCCACCGUCGUGGUGUAGUUGUCCACCUCGCAGGAGCCAUCCCCAGGCCGCCCCGCUUCCUGGACCACUUUGCCCAUCUUCUCCACCGAGCUUCGCUCCACCCCCAGUCCUGAAGCCUCAUGCAGACAUCUAAACCCUUUAUUUUCUGGGCCAAGCAAACCCACCUGUGUAGAAAACGACACCUGUAGGUCACUCAUCCUCCUCAGUUCUCUCAAACUAGCGUGUCCCUAGAACUCAGCAAUAUAAAACCAUAGGGUAUUUCAUAAACCCAAUUAUCACAUAGGGUGAUCCUUUGGGACUUACCGUCUUCCACGUGAAAGAUACGAGGGCUCCGACUCCCUUUAUUUGCCCCCAAACGGUUAUUUUUUACAAGCAGAGAGCACUUUAUUUCUAAUCCCAGAAAUCACACCAUCUCAUUGGAAUCAAGGUGACAGAGUGGAGACCAAGCUGGCCUAGGGUUGGGGGCCUGGGUGUGUAGGAGAGAAGGGCGGAGCGCGCAGGUACCCUGCAUCUGUGCCCUCACAGCUGUACAAACUGCCUCACUGGUACUUCAUCAACCAAGCUUCAAAUGUUUCAAUCAGCAGAAGAUUGUAAAUUCGAUCUUUCAGGGAAAUCAAUCUAUUCUGAAAGGCAAUAAAAGGAAGAAAGUUAAGGCAAAAGGGAAACACCGGUGGUUUAAGAUUCUCUAUAAGGAAUUCAUUUAUUUAGCUUAAGAAACUUUAGAACUGAAAUGUUUUUUUUUUAAAUCAACUUUUGUUGUAUUCUGUGUAUUAUAAUGUCACUGCAACGGUUUUUAGAUGGGAGGGUGGGAAAGAGUUGGUUCUGUUAAGUUUAGUGCCCAUCUUGGUGGAGUCACUUAAGAUUUCACACACUGAUGAAUGCUUCUGCUUGGGGGAGGGGGGCAAGGCCAAUUCCAGAGGAGAGUUCGGGUUCUCCCACCACCGUUUGAAUGCCACACCCGUCUAGUUCAGCCCAGCCCUUCACAUUUCAGGGGCGUUUUCUCCUUCCGGUUUCCUCUCACUCCAAUACAGAGUUCACCUGUUCCCAGCACAGGAUUUUGUUUUAUGUCAAACGAAUAAAAUAAAAGGUUUUCUACCCCA